AUGACAAAAGUUAGUGAAGAUGAAGAAAAUACUGAAUACAAUUUUGGUAUAUAUGUAAAUAAAAUAAAAGUAUUGGAGGAUACGGACUUUAAAUAUAUUAAAGAAUUAUGCGAAAACGAUGAUAAUUGGCAAGUUUCAUAUGACAAACGCACAACUAAAGUUUGGACCAAAACAACAUCAAAGUCACAUCUUCAUAUGAUAAAAGCGAAAGCGAUAUUUGCCGAUGUUACAGCGUCCACUGCCUACGAUGUUUUACUUGACCCCCAAUACAGGUCAAAUUGGGAUAAGUAUCACAUAUCAGCCGUUGAUAUAGGCAUGAUUAACCCAAACAACGAUGUCUGUUAUUAUGCUGUUGGUGGUAUGCCGCCAUUACGAGUACGUGAUUUUGUAUUGCAGCGAUCAUGGCUUGAUAUUGGUCAAGAAAAAUACAUUUGCAGUCAUUCAGUAUGUCAUGAGAAGUACCCACCUUCAAAAGGAUAUAUCAGAGGUACAGUCUUUUUAACGGCAUAUUAUCUGCGUGAUUUAGGUAAAGAUGGGUGCGAGAUUACCUAUAUUAAUCAUACUGAUCCAAAAGGUAAAGUUCCACUGUGGUUAAUCAAUCGUUUAGCUAAAGUUAUUGGACCAAAAUUCAUCAAACGGGUACACAAAGCAUGUUUGAAAUAUGAAAAUUGGAAACAAAAUAAUGAUCCAAAUUGGAAGCCAUGGAUUUAUCCUGAACAACGGGUGCUAUAUAAUUUUAGUUGCUAA